AGGAUCUUCAGGAUGGCAUUGGGCAGCAGCAAACUGCUGUCAAAAAAUUGAAUGCAACUGGUGAGGAGAUCACUGGGCAGUCAUCAACAGCAGAUGCCAAGGUGCUGAAGGAACAACUGGAAAGUUUGAAUAGCCGGUGGAAGGAGAUUUGCAGACAGUUGGUAGAGAAAAAAAAGAGGAUAGAGGAAGAGAAKAAUAUUUUAUCAGAAUUUCAAGAGGAUUUGAACAAGUUGAUUUUAUGGUUAGAGGAAGCAGACAGUGUUAUUCGUAUUCCCCUUGAAAAAGGGAAUGAAGACCAGUUGAGAGACUGCCUUAGCAAAGUAAAGUUAAGAGUUGGAGAGCUGCCGCCCCACAAGGGAAUACUGAAACGAUUAAAUGAAACUGGAGGAAUAGCACUUGGAAGUGCAUCACUGAACCCAGACAGAAAACAUAAGCUUGAGAGUACACUGAAGGAGGCUAACCAUCGUUUGCUAAAGGUAUCCAAAGAUCUUCCAGAAAAACAAAAAGAAAUAGAGCUUCUGCUGAAGGACUUCAUUGAACUUGAUCAACAACUAAAUCAGGUGAUAUUGUGGGUAACGCCUGUCAAGAAUCAGCUGGAGCUUUAUAACAAAGUGGGUCAGCCAGGAGCCUUUGAUAUUAAGGAGACUGAAGCAGCAGUGCAGGCCAAACAGCCGAAUGUGGAAGAGGUUUUGUCUAAAGGGUGUCAUUUAUAUAAGGAAAAACCAGCUACUCAUCCAGUAAAGAAAAAAUUAGAAGACUUGAAUGCUGACUGGAAGGCAAUACACCACUUAAUUCGGCAACUAAAGGAAAAGCCAGCAUUAGCAGCRUUUGGCCAUCUAUCUUCAGGUGUCUUAACUCCUGGUGAAACUGUUGCUGUGGAUACACAAACCAGGGUAACCAAGGAAACCACCACCUUCAAACCAGAAAUGCCAUCUUCUGUGCUUUUGGAGGUUCCAGCCUUGGCUGACUUCAAUAAGGCAUGGGCAGAACUCACUGACUGGCUUUCUCGACUGGAUCGAGAGAUAAAAUCUCAGAGAGUGAAAGUAGGUGAUCUUGAUGACAUCAACGACAUGAUCAUCAAACAAAAGGCAAUACURCAGGAUCUGGAGCAAAGACGUCCCCAACUGGAUGAACUAAUAACUGCAGCACAAAAUCURAAAAACAAGACGAGCAAUCAAGAAGCCCGGACGAUAAUUACUGACCGCAUUGAAAAGAUACAGAGCCAGUGGGAUGAAGUGCAUGGAUAUCUCCAAAGCCGGAGACAACAACUUCAAGAGAUGYUGAAGGAUUCAACGCAGUGGCUGGAAGCAAAACGAGAAACUGAGCAGGUUCUUGAACAAGCAAAAGCUAAGCUUGAGUCAUGGAAAGAAAUUUCCUACACYGUGGAAGCUUUGAAGAAGCAGAACACAGAGCUUAAGCAAUUUUCAAAAGAAAUACGACAGUGGCAAAUAAAUGUAGAUGUGGCAAAUGACAUGGCACUCAAGCUGCUCCGUGAUUAUUCAGCAGAUGACACMAGAAAUGUGCAACUGAUGACAGAUAGCAUUAAUGCAUCGUGGGCUGCCAUUAAUAAAAGGGUUUGUGAACGUGAGGCAGCUCUGGAAUCAGCCCUAAAAAUGCUGCAGCAAUUCUACCUGGACCUCGAAAAGUUCCUUGCUUGGCUGACAGAAGCUGAAACAACUGCAAAUGUCCUGCAGGAUGCUACACACAAAGAAAAGACACUAGAGGAUGCCAAAGUGGUUCGGGACCUCAUGAAACAGUGGCAGGAACUACAGGCAGAAAUCGAUGCUCACACUGACAUCUUUCACAACCUGGAUGAAAACGGGCAGAAAAUCCUGAGGUCCCUGGAAGGCUCUGAGGAUGCAACCCUGCUGCACAGACGUCUGGAUAACAUGAACCUCAGAUGGMAUGAACUUAGGAAGAGAUCUCUAAACAUUAGAUCCCAUUUGGAAGCCAGCACCGACCAGUGGAAGCGAUUACAUCUCUCUCUUCAGGAACUUCUGGCAUGGUUGCAGUUGAAGGAGGAUGAAUUAAAACAGCAAGCACCCAUUGGUGGAGACCUUCCCACUGUGCAGAAACAGAAUGAUAUUCAUCGGACUUUCAARAGGGAGCUGAAAACAAAAGAACCUGUUCUCAGGAGYGCCCUUGAGACYGCACGAAUCUUCGUGGCCGAGCAGCCCGGGGAGGCAGCAGAGAAGCUCUGCCCAGAAGCCAGAGAUCUGCCACCUGAAGAAAGAGCCCACAAUGUCACUAAACUUCUGCAAAGGCAAGCAGAUGAGGUCAGAAGCGAGUGGGAUAAGCUGAACCUACAGUCUGCUGAUUGGCAAAAGAAGAUCGACGAUGCUCUUGAGAGACUGCAGGGUCUUCAAGAGGCAAUGGAUGAGCUGGACCUGAAACUUCGCCAGGCUGAGGCAUUCAAGGGAUCCUGGCAGCCAGUGGGGGAUCUGCUAAUUGACUCUCUGCAGGAUCACUUGGAAAAAGUCAAGGUUUAUCGAGCAGAGCUUGUUCCCCUUAAAGAAAAGGUGCAUCACGUCAAUGAGCUCGCUCACCGCUUYGCUCCUGCUGAUAUUCAACUCUCCCAGUACAACCUCAGCUGUGUGGAAGAYCUGAACACAAGGUGGAAGGUGCUACAGGUGGCCAUUGAUGAGCGCAUCAGGCAACUGCAUGAAGCUCACAGGGAUUUUGGCCCCACUUCCCAGCAUUUUCUUACCACUUCUGUCCAAGGCCCMUGGGAGAGGGCAAUCUCACCAAACAAAGUGCCGUAUUAUAUCAACCAUGAGACGCAAACGACCUGCUGGGAUCAUCCCAAGAUGACUGAGCUUUACCAGUCAUUAGCUGACCUGAACAACGUCAGGUUCUCGGCAUACAGGACUGCCAUGAAACUCCGCAGGCUGCAGAAAGCUCUCUGCUUGGAUCUCCUGAGUCUGUCUGCUGCAUGUGAUGCCUUGGACCAGCACAACCUCAAACARAAUGACCAGCCAAUGGAUAUUCUGCAGAUCAUUAACUGCCUGACCACCAUUUAUGAUCGACUGGAGCAAGAGCACAAUAACCUGGUCAACGUUCCCCUUUGCGUGGACAUGUGCCUCAACUGGCUUCUGAAUGUCUAUGACACGGGUCGAACAGGAAGGAUCCGUGUCUUAUCUUUCAAAACUGGUGUUGUAUCCCUUUGUAAAGCACACCUGGAAGAUAAAUAUAGAUACCUGUUCAAACAAGUGGCCAGUUCCACUGGUUUCUGUGACCAGCGCCGGCUGGGGCUGCUGCUGCACGACUCCAUCCAGAUCCCCCGGCAGCUGGGGGAGGUGGCCUCCUUCGGGGGCAGCAACAUCGAGCCCAGUGUCAGAAGCUGCUUCCAGUUUGCCAACAACAAACCAGAGAUUGAAGCAGCUCUUUUCCUGGACUGGAUGAGGCUGGAACCACAGUCCAUGGUGUGGCUGCCUGUCCUGCACAGGGUGGCUGCUGCUGAGACCGCCAAGCACCAGGCCAAGUGUAACAUCUGUAAGGAGUGCCCCAUUAUUGGAUUCAGGUACAGAAGUUUAAAGCACUUUAACUAUGACAUCUGCCAAAGUUGCUUCUUCUCUGGCCGUGUUGCAAAAGGUCACAAAAUGCACUAUCCCAUGGUGGAAUACUGCACACCAACAACUUCAGGAGAAGACGUCCGUGACUUUGCCAAGGUACUAAAAAACAAAUUUCGAACAAAAAGAUAUUUUGCAAAGCACCCACGAAUGGGCUACCUGCCUGUGCAAACUGUCUUGGAGGGAGACAACAUGGAAACUCCUGUUACUCUGAUCAACUUCUGGCCAGUAGAUUCUGCGCCUGCCUCGUCCCCUCAGCUCUCACACGAUGAUACUCAUUCACGCAUUGAACAUUAUGCUAGCAGGCUAGCAGAAAUGGAGAACACCAAUGGUUCUUACCUAAAUGACAGUAUUUCACCUAAUGAGAGCAUUGAUGAUGAACACUUGUUAAUCCAGCACUACUGCCAAAGUCUGAACCAGGAAUCUCCCCUGAGCCAGCCCCGAAGCCCUGCCCAGAUCCUGAUUUCUCUGGAGAGUGAGGAAAGAGGGGAACUGGAGAGAAUCCUCGCAGACCUGGAGGAGGAAAACAGGAACCUGCAGGCYGAGUACGACCGUCUGAAGCAGCAGCACGACCACAAGGGUCUGUCUCCACUGCCGUCCCCUCCCGAGAUGAUGCCGGUGUCCCCGCAGAGCCCCCGCGACGCCGAGCUCAUUGCAGAGGCCAAGCUGCUUCGCCAGCACAAGGGCCGCCUGGAAGCCAGGAUGCAGAUUCUGGAGGAUCACAACAAACAGCUGGAAUCACAGCUGCACAGGCUGAGGCAGCUGCUGGAGCAGCCACAGGCAGAUGCCAAGGUGAAUGGUACAACACUGUCAUCUCCUUCUACCUCUUUGCAGAGGUCAGGCAGCAGUCAGCCAAUGCUUCUCCGUGUAGUUGGCAGCCAGACUUCAGAAACCAUGGGCGAGGAUGAGCUGCUCAGCCCUCCCCAGGACACAAGCACAGGUUUGGAGGAAGUGAUGGAGCAGCUGAACAACUCCUUCCCCAGCUCCAGAGGCCACAAUGUAGGGAGCCUUUUCCACAUGGCAGACGACCUGGGAAGAGCAAUGGAAACCUUAGUGACCGUGAUGACCGACGACAAGGUGUUAGAAUAGCAAGAUGUGUUUUACAACUUCAGGCGUUCCGCAUGGUUUUUAUAAUAUUCAUACUACAAAGAGGAUUAGACUGUAAGAGUUUACAAGAAAACAAAUCUAUAUUUUUGUGAAGGGUAGUGGUACUAUACUGUAGAUUUCAGUAGUUUCCUAAGUCUGUUACUGUUUUGUUAACAAUGGCAGGUUUUACACGUCUAUGCAAUUGUACAAAAAUUAUAAGAAAACUACAUGUAAAAUCUUGAUAGCUAAAUAACUUGCCAUUUCUUUAUAUGGAACGCAUUUCGGGUUGUUUAAAAAAAAAUUUAUAACAGUUAUAAUGAAAGAUUGUAAACUAAAGUGUGCUUUAUAAAAAUAAUUGUUUAUAGAAACCCCCUUAAAAAAAAACACAAAAAAAUAUACUGAGGCAGUGCAUUUGUUUAGUUUCAUUUCAGCUCUGUAACUGCAUCAGAGAGAUUCAUGUCCUGUGUUCUUUUACUUGCCUAUCAAAAAGAAAAAAAAAGUAUUUCCUGCAGUGACACCAAAACAGCUACCUUACAUUUCUCAUUGGUUUUGUCUGACUAGGGCUGGCUUAGAAAAAAUAACCAAAAAACCUGAACUUCCAAUGAAGGUAGUUAUGUCAUAUCUUUCUAAUAAAAUUAAGAAUUACAUGAUUUACUGUCCUGAUCUUGGACAGCAACUAGCAAUUACACAGCUAGUUUGCAAUAAUUAAAUGAAAGAGCACAUUACAUGACAGAGCCUGCAAAAAAACAAAAAAAAAAAAUAAAAAUAAAGAAAA